GAAAAGGUCAAACUUCUAUCAUUUGAAGCACCUCGGUAUAUAUAUAUAUAUAUAUUUAUAUAACAGUUCUUCUUGACAUUUGCAGACUUGAGAUCGAUGUCCACUCCAAUUGCGAAUUUCAGAGUUUCAGGACCUUCACACCUCACUACUGUUGACUGGGAAAACACACAUCACAGAAGAGUCAUAGCCGCGAGCUUGGUAGAAGGAGCUUACCUAAUCGAACUAGACAGACAAGAGAAUCGACUAGGGCUUCAUGCUGAAGCUCCACCGUACUGGGAAUUCUUCCAUUUCAGCCUAAACCAUGUCCUCAUCGACAGCGUCGAUCACUCCAUCUUCGGUGCCAUCUACGAAUACAGAUACGCAUCUCAUGCAAAUCCUCACAAUCCCCCCAAAUAUGUCGUCGCUUUACGCGGAACCCUAACCAACCAAGACACCAGAUCCAGAGACCUCCAGCUCGAUUUCCGAUGCAUCUUCAACCGAAUCCACGAAAGUUCCCGAGUCCGGGAAGCCACUCGGACGAUUCAAAAUCUGGUCUCCGUCGCCGGUCCGGGAAGCGUCUGGAUUGCCGGACACUCGUUGGGAUCGGCGAUCGGAUUACUCGCCGGGAAGAACAUGGCCAAGAUGGGUUUUCCCAUCGAGACUUAUCUUUUCAACCCGCCAUUUAUAUCAGCUCCGAUUGAGGGAGUCAAAGAGGAGAGAGUCCGAAACGGGAUCCGAAUCGCCGGGAGCGUGAUGAAGGCGGGUCUAAACGCCGUCGUUAAAUGCCGGCAUAACCAUCAUGGCGAGACCGAACAACAAGAUCGGGACUUGUUCUCUGUGAUCGCGACUUGGUUCCCGAACCUGUUCGUUAACCCAGCGGACCACAUUUGCUCGGGGUAUAUUGGGUAUUUUGAGCACCGGAAGACGAUGAAGGAGAUCGGAGCUAGUCGGAUCGGAAAGUUGGCGACCAAGAGUUCUGUGGGGAGUAUUUUGUCUGGUGCUCUGGGCAAGGAUUCUGAACCUUAUGAUUUACUUCCUUCGGCCAUUGUUAAUGUUAAUCUGACUCCGGCGACGGAUUUUCGAUGUGCUCAUGGGGUUGAACAGUGGUGGAACCCUCAUUUCCAUUAUCGUUCUUUGACGUACCAGUUCUCUCCCACUAAGCCGAAGUCUAUGGCUUUUCCCGAAAAAUGAAUAAGAAGAUGCUGAAGCAACUCAACGCAUUGCAGUAAUUGGGCCGAAUGUGAUAUGGACCCAAUUUUUAUGUUCCAAUACUUUGGGCCUGUAGAGUAAGUGUUUGGUUAGAU